CAGCAAGAGAGAGAGAGAGAGAGAGAGAGAGAGAGAGAGAGAGAGAGAGAGAGAGAGACGCCCUUCUCCUCAUAUAACACAAGGUGAGAGCUCCUCUUCCAUCAGAACUCUUCCAGAACUCCACGCAGUGCUGUCACAGGAGCAAAGGAUAGUUGCAUUUCAGUUGCAGCCAUGGGCCUAUCCACUCUUUGUGUGGCUGUUUUCUGCUUGUACCUUGUGAGCACAUCAGAAGGUCAAAACCCCAAUAAGGAAGAGAACAAACCCACAGGAAGAUGUUCAGGGUGGGAGGAGACUCUCUCGACUCAGCUGACUGCACCUUCGAACUUCAUAUCUUUCCUCAACACCAACUACAAGAUUCUCCCCAAGCUGUCGAGCGGCUGUGUGAUGUCAUUCAACCAGUCUGCCAACGCCACCGCUGUGGCAGAUUUAAUGAAAGUCUUGAAUGAGGUGUAUGACGAUCUGAACCCUGGCACCCGAAAAAUGGUUUACUUGUGGAUCGAAAAAAUGUACAGUAAGGAAAAUGGACCUGUCGUCAACAAAGAGGCUGACAAGGAACCAGUCAAGCCUACUGGGAAGUCUGGUGACAAACCUGGGCCAGACCAAGGGAAAGACAAAUCCAAUUGGAUCACCGUGAAUGUUCUUAAAUUGCUGGGCCGCUUUCUUCUACAAGCUCCCAUUUCAACCAUCAAGGACAUUGGAGGGAAUAUCAACAGCAGUCUCUGCAGUUUGUACAGCAAUGUCACCGAACCCUUUGACAAAUUCUAUGACCUCAACUCAGCGCAAGCAAACGUCCUAUUUCAGGGGCUCCAGAAGUGCAACGUCAACAUAACAGAUAAAAAGGAGAUCGCAAAGCUUGGACAGAUGGCUUGCUUCUUUGCCCCUUUUACUGAUAAACUGAAUCAAUCUACUGUCAACUUUCUGAUGAUGAAGCUGAAGAACUGCAGCGGGGAUGUGAAAAAUGUGUACCAGAAUCUCAUGAAGUCGAGGCCAACAGACAGUAUAAAUGCAGACGAACUGAAAAACCUCGGGGACGCAGCUGUGGGCUUCAGUGUGAACCAGCUGGGCAACCUUAGCAAAAAAGUCAUCCAGGAAUCUCUGGACCAGCUUAAGAAAAUCAAUGGCUGGUCCCAGGGACAGAAGAAAGCACUGCUGGAAAAAGUCAUUGAUGCAGCAGAUACCCAGAAUGCAACGGGACUAAAAAAGCUGGGUGGCUUGGUCAGUGCUUUGGACAGCAAGGCCCUGGGCAAGUUGAAGGGCAGUGACCUGCUUGAGGCCUUCAAGUCCCAGGAUGUCGCACAAUCUGCAGAUUCCAUGCAGCCCGUCCAGAAGAAAUCGAUUGUCAGAGCCAUCUUGAAGGACAAAUCCAUCAAUGAAGCUUUGAAAGACCUGCCACCCGCACUGAUGAGUGAACUCUCCUCUCAGACACUGAAGAACGCAACUGACAGCACGCUUACUCUGGACUUCCUGGAUAAACCCAUUCCCUGGAACAGGGGACAGGCUUUAGUCAUCAUUAAGACAAUCCUUAAGAAUCUUAAAACUCCUGAAGACAUGAAAAAACUGCGGGAUGCUGUGACUGGUCUGACUUGCAGUAACUUAGAAAGCAUGUCUGUGGAUAACUUGAGAGCUCUCGCUGCAAAUGAAAAAAUGACCCGUGACCAGGUUCGCUGUGCUGCUGCCGCUUAUUUUAAAGCCUUAAACAAGAAAUUGGCUGACCUGACGGCAGUUGAAAUAACCCAGAUUCCACCUAGUUUUCUCCUGUUCUUAAAGUCUUUUGAUGAGCUAAUAAAGAUGCAGAGCUCCACCUGUUCUUCAGUAGUGUCCCUCCUGGCUCAGGCUAACCCAAAGCUCCUGCCCAGGAGCUCUGCAAGACGACAGGAGAUACUCAAAUUCAUCAAGAGCUGCCUUAAACUUGAUGAUACCCUAACCCUGAAUGCUAGUCAGGUCUACAAUCUGGGUCUUGCUGUUUGUUACUUCGACCCGAAGGACUUUGAUAACAUGGGAACCGAUGUUUUCCAAGGGGCCAUUGACAAGCUUAAAGACUGUGGCAAAUUCGAGGGCAAAGUGAAAGAGUCGCUCGCCAGCAAGAUAAUAGCCACAUACGGUAACUCCUCCACCUGGACUCCUGAUGUUCUCAAUCAGCUGCAAUCCCUGCUGUCUCUGUUUAAUUCAACACAACUGGAGAAGCUCCAAACCAAUGCUGACAUCAGAGUAGUCCUUGGAAACAUUCUGUCUCAGGUGAUGAAACCAGAGGGAUUUGUAGCCCCAGAUUUGGACUUCACUCCCAAAAUGGACGAUGUGAGCAAAGCAUUCUCCAAAAUGGUCUUGGGAGAUCAAGCAGCAACACCCUCCAGCAAAAGGAGAAAGCGAGCAACAGCAUACAACUGCAGCAAUGUUACCCCACCCACUACGGAUCAAAUACAAACUCUCAAUGCCGGAUGCACUGCUUUCUCCCCUGCGCAGCUACAAUGCAUGUCAACAGACACCUUCACCAACACUCUGGAUAUCUUAGCCUCCGUGAAGGGAUUCAGCAUGGAACAGCUCACUGCCUUGACAGUGAAAGCGUUAGAGGUAUACAGUCAGAAAGAUCUGGUGAAACAGAUCAGCAGCCUGAAGGGAAUCGUAUUGGCUUUCUCUCAAGACCAAGUCAAAGAAUACCUUGCUACUCCAGAUAUUGAUAUGCUGUCUGCGGUGGGAGAAAGCAAGGACUGGCUCAAUCCAGAAAUGCAAUCCAAAGCCAAGAUCAUAGUUGAUAACUUCCUGAAAAACAAGACAGUGAGCAAUCUGACUAGCAGUGACCUGGUGGGAAUGCGCUACUUCAUCUGUGUGCUUAGCGCCGAGCAAAUCGGAAACAUCAGCAAUGCGGAAUACAGUACUGCCGUAAGCAACAUUGGAAAGCUUCAGUGCCCCAGCGAUGUCCUGACUGCUUUGAAGAAUAAAGCAAUAAGCACCUUCGGUUCUCCGGACACCUGGUCCGAGCACGUUGCUCAGGACCUGGGGACCACAAUGGCUGGACUAACUGGAAGUGAAAUCAGUAAACUUGGAGAGAGAGUGAUGCCUUUCCUUACUCCAGAAGCUGUCUCCCUUAUUCCUCCUGCUGUGUUUAAAAGCCUCUCCGCAGCGCAGUUGAGAAGCCUCGGGACUGAUAAUUUCGCCGCUGUCUCAAGUGCCCAGAUUGCACAGCUGGAUACAGUUAAACUGCAAGCCUUGAAUGAGAACUCUGGAGCAACCAAUCCUGCAUAUUCUGCCGGCCACAAAAUAAGCCCAGCGUUUGCUGCAAUCACCCUGGCUCUGACACUGCUGACCGUGAACCUUCUUUAAGUGACAAGGCUCGGCGCAUCCAGAAUGUCAAGAAAUAUACCCCUGUCUCCCACAGCCUAGUCAGACAGAGUUUUCUUUCAUCAGUCGUUCAGAUCGUUUCAGCAACAGAAUCUGAGUCGAAUUUUACUUAUGUUACUUCAAUAUCUGUCAAAUGAUCCUACAUUUAUAAAUUCUCUGUAAGUUUAUUUUAAGCAUUGCACACAUCUGUAGCUGUUAGUAGAUUAAACAAAGGUAUGGAAUCAAUGAAGAAAUGCACCACUUUCUGAAGGACGGUUACCUUAUGUUUGAAACCAGAAAACUCUUCUGAUUUGCCUACGAAAGCUUAUCAAAUACCCUUUACAUUUUGUAUCUAUAAUUUCUACUUUUAUGUAGUUUAUAUAAUAAUAAAAAAAUAAAAAAUAUAUGUACUUGCAUGUGUUUUUAAUAUAGGAGAUAAGAACAUAGUUUUGAUUUUUGCUAUAUUAAUCUUUAGACCUCGAAUGUCUGUUUUGCUGAGGGGGGGUGGGGGGGGGGGGGGCAUUUUAAAAAGCACAAAGGCUGUAUAUAGCUUUGUUACGUUUAAUAAUUGAAAGGUCUAAAAAGCUAUACAGUUCUACUGUGUGACUGGGAUGAGUAUCUAAUACAGCAGAGUAAGCAAGCCUAUGAUACAGAUCAUUGAUGCUUAGGUUAACAGAAAAUACAGUACUGAGAGUGUGUAUUUAUUUUCACCGGUUGUUUAUCUUGUUUACUUCGUUAAAGGUUAGCUAUGUCAUAAUUCACACUGAAUACCAGAAUCUGUCAAAAUUAAAUGGCAUUGUUUAAUUCAGAAAGGGUAUUGAUAAUUCCUUUGAAAUGGGUUGAUGUAAAUGGCAAAAUGGCCUAUUUAUAGUUGGGUAAGGGGAAACUGGAACAGGGAAUACAUUUGAUUAUAUUUCUGUGUUUCACGUUUUACUUGUUUUACGACUGCUGUAAAAAAAAGAAGAAAGCAAGUCACACCCUUAGGGACAACGUGUUUUAUGUUUUACUGUUUCUAUUUCAAAUCAAAGUUUAUUUUGAUAUAGCUACUCCUUGUCCUUUUAGAGUAGAAUACUUGUGAUACUAUUUACAAAUGUGGUGGCUAUACAAUUGGGGACUGCUUGAGUUAUUUCCUAAUGUGUGUGUGUGUGUGUGUGUGUGUGUGUGUAUCCAAGACCAAACGGCAGCCUCUUUGUCCUUCAUGUUUAUGUAUAGUAGUAUCACAUAAGCUCCUCAAUAAGGAUACACUCCACAUUUCGUAAAGUUACUUUUUAGUUCAUGUUUAAUUUCAUUUGUUAUUUGACAUAAUUUGCAAUAAACUUUUAAAUAAAUCAACUUUAAACCAUCA